GACCCAGCCCCCAAAGAGAGAGAGAAAUAGCUCUGAAAACCCUCCAUCUCCAUAGCCAAGAAAGCUCAAACAAGCAAAGAGCUCAAGGAAGAAGAAAAAGGUUGCAAAAGUAGAGAAAGACCUUGAGAAUAAAGGAACUUGUCAAAGGUGACUUAAAAGCUUUCACAAAGUUUAAAGGGUCGCCGGAGUUAUCGCCGGAGUUCGUCAAAGUUCACCGGAGUUUGGCCGGAGUUCAACCGAGAGGAGUAGAACUUCAUCACGCUCAUUUGAGGUUGAAGCUCAAGCUUGCAUUCUCACCUUGCUCGGUGAAGUAAUCUUAAGGGAGACGUGAAAUGGAGGGUAGGCGCAUGCGGACCAGAAACAAUCCGAGAGGGCAAACACCGAUAGCUUCUGUUGGAGCUAGUCGGGCUGCAUCUCGGAGCUCUAGAGGUGGAAGAGGAGGCCGCGGAGGCCGUGGAGGUCGCGGGGGCCACCGAGCCCAAACAGUGAGUGAUGGCCACGUGAGUUCGGUGUACGAGACUAACACCGAGAACUAUGACUCUACCUAUGUUCCCGAGACGGAGCAUGAUGAGACCCCAUAUGAUGGGGGUGACUUCCACACCGACGAUGAGAACGAUGACGAGAGUGAUGCCCGGUUCGCCCAAAUGGGGGAACUCCUAGAGUGGUAUCAAAAGGAG